AUGCCCAACUUUUCGCUCUCGCUAGACCUCCCCUGGGUGGAGAAAUACCGGCCCCACAAGCUAGAUGACAUCGUGGGCAACGAAGAAACCAUCGAGCGAUUGAAGCUCAUUGUGCAAGACGGAAACAUGCCGCACAUGAUCAUCCUGGGAUUGCCCGGAAUCGGAAAAACCACGUCUGUCCACUGCUUGGCGCACGAGUUGUUGGGCCCCGAGUUGUACCACCUGGCGACUUUGGAAUUGAACGCCUCGGACGACCGAGGCAUCGACGUGGUGAGGAACAAAAUCAAGCAGUUUGCGCAGACGAAGAUCCUGUUGCCGCCGGGCCGCCACAAGAUCAUCAUUUUGGACGAGGCGGACUCCAUGACGCCGGGCGCCCAGCAGGCCUUGCGGCGCACAAUGGAGUUGUACUCCAACACCACGCGGUUUGCGUUUGCGUGCAACCAGUCAUCGAAAAUCAUCGAGCCGCUCCAGCUGAGAUGCGCCAUUUUGCGCUACAACAAGCUUGCGGACGACCAGGUGUUGCUGCGCUUGCUCUCCGUGGCGAAGGCCGAGGACGUCAAGUUCAACUCCGAGGGCAUCAAGGCCCUCAUCUUCACUGCGGAAGGCGACAUGCGCCAGGCCAUCAACAACUUGCAGAGCACCGUUGCCGGCUUCGGGUUCGUGGACGACAUCAACGUUUUCAAGAUCGUCGACCAGCCACACCCGCUCGUGGUGAAGAAAAUCCUUGCGGCCGCGAUCUUCAACCAGAGCAUUGACGACGCCGUGGACUUGCUCGACACGCUAUGGAACAAGGGCUACUCUGCAAUCGACAUUGUGACGCUGGCUUUCCGGGUGGCCAAGACGUUGCCGGGCGUGUCGGAGCUGAAGCGGUUGGACGUCAUCAAGGAGAUUGGCUUCGUGCACAUGCGCGUGCUUGAGGGAGUGCUGACGUACUUGCAGUUGUGCGGCAUGUUGGCAAAAUUGGCCCUGUUGGAGUGA